UAUAUAUUUAUUAUUUCAGGCAGCACAUGUUUGUUCCCAUUGUGCCUCCUCAUCUUCUAGAUUACUGCUGUGCCCCAAUGCCAUUUCUUGCUGGAGUGCAUUCAUCUCUUAUGCCUAGUGUCAGGAAGAUGCCUUUGGAUGAAGUUGUUAUCUUGAAUGCUGACACAAAUGAAGUAGAAUGUCCUUUCAAAGAUGCAGCAUUGUUGCCAUUGGGGGUGAUAUCAGAUCUUAAAAGUACACUCAAGAAGCUUGAUCUUCCAAUCCAUGACCGUGUAUCAAAAGCAUUUCUCUCUGCAAUGGUUUCCCUUGUUGGUAGCUACAGAGAUGCCUUGAGGUUUAAAACUGGUGAAAAAAUUGUGUUUGACAAAGAUGUUUUUGUUGAGUCAAAAAGCCAAGAUAAAAGGCAAUUCCUUCAGUCGGUUUUACAUUUGCAGCUUUUUGAACAAUUUAUCUCAGAAAGACUGGAGCUGUUGAACUCUGGUCAAGGAUUCAAUGACUUAUUUGAGGAACAGAUUGGACUACAAGCUGAAGACCAAAAGAAACUCAAGCAUCAGUAUAAAAUGUGGAUGAGAGGAGCAAAGAAAAUCGCCAAAGAAGGAGGUCACGAAAUAAAACAAAAUCUAAAAGAAUUUGGUAAAGAAGCCAAAAAGAAUUUGAACCAAAUGAAAGGCAAUAUUGAAGAAAUGUUGAAAGGAAAGGACGACGAGGAAAUUGGAGGAGAAAUCAAAAAGUCAAAUUCCUUACCGUAUAUGAAGCAUUAUGGAAUAGGUGCAAGAAUAUCACCGAUAAAUAGAAGAAGAGCUCUUUCACCACAACCACAGGCAAGAAAAGCGCACAGUUUUCAUCAAGAUGGCGAUCGUAAAGUCCGACCACAGCGACCCCCACCCCCUAAGAAGAACGUACGCGAUAGAACGAACGCCAUGUCAUUACUGAUUGAUGGUGACAGUACAGGGAAACAACUGUACUCACGGCACAGUACACCGAACCUUUCAGUAGAGCCUCCAGUAGCAACACUUGUGUCAUUAGAUGAAGAUCACAAGGCAGAUGAUGCUAGUAGUGAUAGCAACAAACACAACACGCUACUGGAUCUCGCUGAAGCUCUAAGUGACGAACAUAUCGAUCAAGUGAUUUCUACAAAAGAUAAAGAAGUUAGUAAGCAACCAUCACCUCUUCCAGAUCGACCACCACGUCGGUCGUCUCAGCCAAACCGACCAGCUAUUCCUCCUCGACCAUCAGUAAAGAAAAAGAGUUCAUCGUCGUCUGUCAGCUCAGCGUUAAAUUCACCAGGAUCACCAUCUGAGUGUUUAUUGACACCAUUAAAACCAAUCCCUAUAGACUUACAGAAAGAUAUCAUAGACUCACUUGGACCUGAUUGUCAGAUGUUUUUCCCUGAAUGGCAGAGUCGGAUAUCAAAAAUUAAUUCAGAAAUUACUUCGUCAGCAAGUGGAUCGAAGAAUACCGAACAUUCACCGACGUUAAUCGACGGUCUUACGAUGACCGGUCAAAGCGCCGCAAAUUCAGCGAUGUUACACGAAGACUUAUCGAAUUCACUGCAGCUUGUAAAUAAGCCGAAGAAUUCAUCAACCAAUCAAACACAAGUAUCGUUAAUCGAUACUGGAUCGUCAACUUCCGAAGAUUGUAACUUCAACUCGACAAGUUCUCCCCAGCCGUCACACUGGGUAAAUUUUGAGUGAAUAAUUUAUCGCCAUACAUUUGUACAUACAUGGCAAUUUCAGAAUAUUUAUUCCACUAAAACACGCAAUGAAAAAUUUCACGCUAAUCUCAGGAUCAUUUGUGCCAUACAAUGUCGCGUGGUCGUUUUGUAGAGUUAAGGUCAUUUGUAAAGGUGUCCAUCGGUCGUCAUAUGGAGGUUUGGUUGUAAGGCAUAAUGGGAAUAAUGAACACAAAUGUGCAUUUUCGUAUUAGCUUUAAAACCUGCACUAACGGACGCAACACAGCCGAACAUCAUUGACCCAAUAUUUUGCAAUGAACGAAAGAUUAUCCAUGUACAACAUUCCCGCUCAGCAUACCUUAUUAGUUGCAACAUGAGUGAGCGGUUUACGAUGUUAGUUGUUGCUUCAAUGAUGUUGUGCUGUGUAUUUUGCACCCUACUAGAGGUCUUGUGUGCCCGCAAUACUCAUAAUUGAGACAUAGCGGUUACACAAAUCAUAAUAUCUUGACUGAAUCAGUAUGAAGGUCAAUCUUCAUUGCAGAAGAAAAAGCGGAGGAAACUAUUGUUAAAAGAACACGAAACUAGACGUGUUUUACUAGAGAGUUUAUUUGCGAUAUUAAACAAUGAAUCAGUAAAUAUUUUCAUCAAUCAAUUGAUACUGUUAUAAUGAUAUUUUUAUCUGAUGCGCUGGAGCUUAAGAUUCAAUGGAAUAAUUAUCUUAAAGAAAUGUUUUUGUAUAGAAAUAAGAUCAGGUUUGUACAGCAAAUGAUUAUAGUAUUAAAGACAGUGAUCAGUAAA